AUGAACGGCGGACUCGAUUCCCCCCUUUCUCCCCCUCCCCCCUCUUCUACUUCGAUGACCACAGAAGAUAUGGCAUCUCGUACAAACAAACAUGGACAUCGGAAGCCGUGGAUUGAGACUCCUCUCGUCGAGUCCGCAGUUUUGUCGAAGAAGGCUGGAUGUCGAAUAUUUCUCAAGCUCGAAAAUUUACAGCCUGGUGGAUCAUUCAAAUCAAGGGCUAUGGGCUCACUAAUCCUUCAUCACAUCCAAAACCCGCAAAAUGCAAACCGACAAUUGCACUUCUUCAUAAACUCCGGUGGAAAUGCUGGCUUGGCAGCUGUGUGUGCUGCUCGCUCCCUGUCAUACCCUUGCACAGUCGUCCUGCCCCUGACCACGUCGCGGCUCAUGGUGGACAAGCUGCGUGCCGCCGGGGCGACGCAGGUGAUUCAGUACGGCGAUACGAUAGCUGCAGCGGGCGACUAUAUGAGAGAAGUAGUCAUGAAGAAGGACUCUGAACUAUCUCCAGACGAGGAGCAGGAAGGAAGGGAUAAUAAUAGCAAACAAAUGAAAAAGAUUGCCCUGCACCCGUUCGAUCAUGAGGCGAUUUGGGAUGGAAAUAGUUCUAUUAUUGACGAGUUGGCUUAUCAAUUACCCGCUUUUGAAGAAGGGGAAGGCUAUCUCGAGGGAGUAGAGGAAGAGGAAGAGACACUCCCCGUCGAUGCCCUCAUUUGCAGUGUCGGUGGAGGAGGCUUGAUGAAUGGGCUAGUUCAGGGAAUUGAGCGACACCGAACGAAACAGCAAAAGAAAAGCACAAAGAUAACACGGCGUAAGGAUAUUCAUAUCCUAGCCGUCGAAACGGAUGGCACACAAUCAAUGAACCUCGCCAUGUCCGCGGGAGCUCUUGUUACGCUACCAAAGAUCACAUCGAUGGCUGUUUCGCUGGCCUGUGUGCGAGUCUCCGAGCAAACCUUUGAAUAUUGCGUGUCGCCGCCUCCUGGUGUUGUCAUUCAUAGUGCUGUCUUGUCCGACGCCGAUGCAGCGAGGGGAUGUCUGCGUUUGGCUGAUGAUGAGCGAAUUCUGGUGGAAUUGGCUUGCGGGGUGUGUAUUGAAGCUGCUAUUGGGGAUGGCAAUAAAAGAAAAAGAUCCAUUUCACUGCAACACCAUUCUCGUGGCGAAAAGAGAGCAAAAGCAGUAGCAAAUGAUGAAGGCUUCUAUGGAGAAGAUGAUGACGAUACAGGGUUGAAUGUCUCGUGUUCUGAUAGUGGUAUUGCCUCUGAUGCAGAAAGCGAUAUUAUGUUAACGUCUUCGUGUCUGAAACAGUUGGUUCCUGGCUUGACUCGCGAAAGUCGUGUGGUGAUUGUUGUAUGUGGCGGCAGUAAUGUCACGACUGGCAUGGCGAGUGAAUGGAGAGAGAAACUUGCUAAUGGCUGGGACUGA